UUCCAGCCUCCCAACAAAUCAUCCAACCCACCGACCACACUUUUCUCUCACUCCCCACCUAACCAAUCUCCGCUCCCGUCGACCUUCACCCGUCGCCCGUCCCCCCAUCCCGCCUCCCCUUAGCCACGCCAUAUAAUCCGCUGCUCCCUUCCACUUCCCUCCAUCGUCCUUUCUUCUUCUUCCCGCAAUGUUCUUCAAACGCCGUUCUCGCGCUAACAGCUACAUCGACAACGACGCGCCAGUCCGCUCGCAAUCAUACGACGAGUACGAGAAGCGACCUGAUUCGUCCUCGCGCGCCAAUACCCAGCAGCCCGUCACCUCCCCCACCGAAGAGAAGACAGACAUGUACCCACGUCAGCAAGCUCCACAGGAGGCCUUCAAUCGCGGCCCCGUACAGAACGGCGGUCACAACUCCAUGCCGUCCAUGGGAGCAAAUGUGCCUGCCCCCUUGAACACAAACUCCGGAAUGAAGGCAGAGCCAAUGCCAGACCUGCUUGCGCAGGCUUUCAAUCAAGCCAUCCGCCCAUACACGGAGAAGAUUGAGCACCUCGAGAGCCAGCUCGCAGAGAUGCAGAACUGGGUCGAGCAAUUGGAGCAGCAGCGCGCAGAGGUGCACAGCUGGAUUGACAAGCGCGGUCUUCGUCCUGAUGUCCCUCCCUCAAUCGCAAAGAUCAUGGACACCACCACACCCGAUGCCGCCGUGACGCUCAAUGCCCAACUUGAUCGCAAGAUCACAAUUGUCAACUUUGACCUCCACCGUCUCCAGGACGACCUCAACGACUCCAUCUCCUCCGCACACUUCGCUUCCGCCAUGCUCAAGUUCCUCCCCGACAUCAACCGCCUCUCCCUGCUUCCGACCGGCCCCAGGCAUGCCUUCGACCUCGUCCUCAAGCUCGGCGGCAACCUGAACUCGCACGGCGGUCUCGACAGCAGCGACGAAGACGACAUCAUCGCACGUCGGGACUUCUAUAGCAAGUUGGACGAUGCCAUGGUCGAGGUCGUGAGCAGGCGCUUCAACGAGGGUGAGGAAUGGAACGUGUCGCGGGAGAUCAAGAGGAUCGAGAAGACCGCCACCUACCUGAGGACCUUCGGUGUGGAGCCCUACUUCCCACAGACCCUGGAUCUCAUGAGGAGGGAGAUGGACUUCCAGCAACGCGCAGGUGGUGCGCCUCAGCAGCAACAGCAACAACAAAUACCAAACGGACAGGGCACGCCACCGAGGUACCACUAAGCCGAGAGCAAGCCUCUCAAGCUUAGACAUUCUGUUCUGAGGAUCAUAUUGCCUUCCAUUCUGGACAUUUCUCUUUGAAUCAGCAGUGAAGCCCACAUACCCACUUUGGCUCCUGUUUUCCAUCCCACAUAUUCCCCCAUUUGUUCCUUUCUUGCAUGUUCUUCUUCUGUUGCCUCCCUGGCCGAGUCU